AUGUCUCGAUCCGGCCGACGAGGCCCAUGGCUACCAGAGGAAGAUGCUGCUCUGUUGCAUCUUGUCAGAACCCAGGGACCGAACAACUGGGUUCGUAUCUCUGAACACAUGCAACACCGAUCUCCCAAGCAGUGUCGAGAACGAUAUCACCAAAAUCUAAAGCCUUCUCUGAACCACGAUCCUAUUUCGGCAGAGGAGGGCGAAGUUAUUGAGCAACUGGUCCGCGACAUGGGAAAGCGAUGGGCCGAAAUCGCACGACGACUGGGCAACCGAAGCGACAAUGCGGUCAAGAAUUGGUGGAAUGGCAGCAUGAAUCGCCGAAAAAGAAACACAGGACCGCACGGUGCUGCUGCCAAAAUGGUGGGAUAUCGGUCGCAACCUAUCCUUGCAUCAGCUUCGUCCCUGCCAUUGAAGCAGCUCUAUCUCCCAGAGCAGCUAAGCCUACCACCAUUCUCAGUCUCAGACCCAUUUCACAGGCCUGAACUCAGUCCCUCAAGCACCCUAGGCAUGCGACCAGACCGUCGAUACGACCUGCUUCCGCGACCGGACGGGCGCCAGCUUUCCGUACAAACUGAUUGCAGAUCUCUUCUAUACCCGGCGUGUGAACAGCAGAUUCCAAGCCCUCUCCAGCCUCACUCGGCUUCUGCUCUGCCCAGUCCAGGAGGGAAACCACUCCUUGGGCUUCAUAACUGGUCUCCCAGUCGAUUAGAGUGCCAGUUGCCGCCGCUGAACUGGCCCGAAGCGCCUGUCCCAUCUCCGGCCGCGACAGAAGCCUCACAAGGGUCAUUUCCUCAACAAGCGCCAUCGCUGGUAUCAGACAACCAGUCGAACUGUUCUAUUUCGCCAAAGACGGUUACGUCUCCUCGUCCGGGCGGGACCGUGGGUAAAUUGCCGCCUUUAGACCUGUGGCCAGAGAUGCACCGCAGAAACAGCACAGGCAACUAUCCGGAUGCCGAGAUUGAUGGUUCUUGGAAAGGGCGAGCGCAACAAGAUUUGCCACCGUAUCGCUCAGCGGAAAGGGCAGAUUCGGUGAUUCCCGAAGUCACUAUUAUCGCGAGCUCGCCGCACCUACCAUCACGCCAGAAUGCUGCAAACCACCUGCCCAGCCUGAAUACGGCGGUGAGGUACAGCCCCGGCCCAUCCAGCGGCAAGCCGAACUCUCCCACUGAGAAGGACACUCGUAUGAACGUGGCACGGCUUCUUGAAUGA